AUGACCAAGAUCCCCGUCUACAACGUCAACAACAACUGCGCCACCGGCAGCACCGGCCUGGCCAUGGCGCGCUCCCUCGUCGCCGCCGGCGCCGCCGACUGCGUCAUGGUCGUCGGCUUCGAGAAGAUGAUGCGCGGCAGCCUGCAGAGCCACUACAACGACCGCGAGAACCCGACGGGCACCACCGUCGCCAUGAUGGCCGAGACGCGCGGCAUUGAGACGGCCCCCGGCGCCGCCCAGAUGUUUGGCAACGCCGGCCGCGAGUACAUGGAGCGCCACGGCGCCGUGCCCGACGACUUUGCCGAGAUUGCGCGCAUCAACCACGCCCACUCGCCCAACAACCCCUACUCGCAGUUCCAGCACGUCUACUCGCUCGACGAGAUCAAGGACGCGCCCACCAUCUUCGCGCCCCUCACCAAGCUGCAGUGCUGCCCGACGUCCGACGGCGGCGCCGCCGCCAUCCUCGUCUCCCAGGCCUUCCUCGACGCCCGCCCGCACCUGCGCGCCCAGGCCGUCGAGAUCGCCGGCCAGUGCCUCGCCACCGACGCGCCCAGCCUCUUCUCCCGCAGCGCCAUCGACCUCAUGGGCUACGAGAUGACGCAGCACGCCGUCGGCGUCGCCAUGGCCGAGGCCGGCAUCGCCCCGCCCGACGUCCAGGUCGUCGAGCUGCACGACUGCUUCAGCGCAAACCAGAUGGUCGCCAUCGAUGCCCUCGGCCUCUGCGAAAAGGGCAAGGCCCACGAGCUCGUCCGCCGCGGCGACAUCACCUACGGCGGCCGCUACCUCGUCAACCCCUCGGGCGGCCUCAUCUCAAAAGGCCACCCGCUCGGCGCCACCGGCAUCGCCCAGUGUGCCGAGCUCGUCUGGCACCUGCGCGGCUGGGCCAACAACCGCGCCGUCCCCCGCACCCGCCACUGCCUGCAGCACAACCUCGGCCUCGGCGGCGCCGUUGUCGUCACCGUCUACCGUCGCGCAGACGGCCAAGAGGCCCCCGUCGUCGACUCCGAGACCGUCGGCCGCCAGAACGGCCUCGGCUACAACCCUGCCGUCGAGGCAAAAGGCUUCACCGCCAGCCAGGCUAACUCGGUCCGCAGCCAGCGGGCUCCCAGCGAUUGGGCGUUGCAGGACACGCUGGAAAAGGUCCAGGCCAAGUUUUGA